GGCCGGAUUCGUCAGUUGUCAGUGUUCCAGUGGAGGAUGAGGUGACCGUGCAACUCGCGCCGCCCAAUUUCAUCUCCAGCGACGAAAAUGUGCUGACGAAUGAGAUCCCUUACUCGGUAAAUAUUAAUUUAAAGAAGACUUGACUACCUGAAAGUGUCUUGUGUUGAUAGAGAGAGAUAUUAGAAAUAUUAAAAAGGACAGUCAGUGGAAACUUUGGAAAAAGAAAAAAAAUCAUGUUGAGGGCACAUAGACUCUGGGCGCUGGGGGCGGCUUUGGUGUUGUUGAACUUAUGCCCGUCCCUGGUCGGGGCCCAGUUGGGCAUCGAUUCGCAAAAUGCCUCGGGGGAACUUUGCGAGUGUUCCCCGACGUGCGAGGGCGACGUCGGUGGAAGUAGUGGUACCGGAUGCCAUGGGCGCAUCGUACCAAGGGAGGACUGCCCCUGCUGCAAAGUGUGUGCCCAGGGCGUCGGUUCGCCCUGUGCCCCUCCAGCCUUGCCCUGCGACAGCCAGUUCGGUUUGGUUUGCUCGGCUGAGUCCAUCUGUGAAGCUGCCCAGGUCUGCCAGAGCGACAACGACUGCCCCGAUGACCGCUUCUGUCUGGGCACCGCCUGCGUCGACCCGUGCCCCAUCCUGACGCCCUGCGAGGGCGCCAUCCAGGGGGGCGAGUGCUCCACCAAGGACCAUGUGGCACAGUGCCGAUGCCCCGAGGGCACCAUCAAGAACUCGGCCGGGACCAAUUGCAUGCCCAACAAUGGCACCACAGAAGGAUGCCAGUACGAGGGUCGCCUUUACGCCGCGGGAGAAGUUCGUUAUAGCGGAGAGUGCCAAGAGCAGUGCCGCUGCGGUACAGACGGCCAGUUUGCCUGUGGCCCAGUCAGUUGCCCCAUUGGGCUCUUCCUGACGGGUCAGCAUUCCAAAGAAGAGCUCUGUAUUGAGUUGAGAAACCGACCAGAAACUGACGAGUGCUGUGUCGUUGUGGUCUGUGCUAACAAUCAAACACAUCCUUCAUUGUUGAUCUCUCCCGGUAGUCACCGCCUCGGGCCCAUUUCAGGGGAAGAGGCCUCCUCUCUCCGUGGGAACUCCCCACCUUUGUCCGGUCGCAGCGUCUCCCAGGAACGACCGAAGCCAAUCACAGAGGACGAGUACCAGAGGAGGCUGAAGGAUCUUGAGCAGGAGCUGAACAAAGAUCAAAGUGAAAAGAAACCCACUGGAAGUAAGCUGAACUCGAACCAUACUGAAAUUGAGAAAGAGCAUCCUACUAAAGUGACUGAAUCUGACGAUUCAGUGCAGAAGGACGUCUUGCCUGUGGAUGUGGCAGAUGUUACCGAGGAGUCUCAAGUCGAGACGAGCACUCAUCUGGAUGACAUCUCUGAACAAGCUACGACUGUGCCAAGUGUACAGCUGGAAGAUGAAUUAGUCACAACUAUGAUGCCAGAUGUCCAGCAAGACGAUGAAGAGGCAGCAACUGAAACUCCCAUUCCGGCAGUGGUUGUGGAACUGAAUGAACAUGGCCACGAAGUCCACAAAAUCACUGUCGGGGAGGCGAUUGAGGUCGUCACUCAGCCUAUAGGAGGUGGAGUCGAAUCUACAACCUUAGGCGCAGAAAUGGAGGAAACCACGACCCAGCCUCCGACUGAAGAAAUGACCACAGAACUGACCCCUGUCGAGGAUGAAGUAGGAUUUGUGUCCGCCCGGGAGGGCAAGAUGGCUCCAGAAGACACCAUCCUCACCAACGAAUCAACUGGCGUCAUGAAAGAGAAGGAUGACGUAACCGGAAGGAGCGCAGCAGGAGGACUGAAGGUAUUGGCCGUAACCCACAAUUCCUCAACUCUAGUCCUGCCUUCCACCAAGGGAGGAGACGUGUAUUACAAGUCAUCAGAUGGCACCGAAUGGCAGCGUGUCAACGUGGAGGCAGGUCAGGACUCGUUCGUCUUGAAGGGUCUUCAGCCCAAGACCGAAUACACCCUCAAGUGGUCUGGGGAAUCCAGCGGGUCUGCCAAAAUGACCAUCAAGACGGAAGACGGGUGCAUCGUGGAGAACGUGAGCUACGGCGUUGGGCAGGACUGGGCCAUCGGUUGUGACCAGAGGUGUUCCUGCAGACCAGGUGGAAAACCCAGCUGCCAGCCAAGGUGCCUCUUCCUCCCCGGUGCCGUGCAAGAUCCCUUGUGCACAGAGGUACCCUAUCCUGAGGACCCAGAGUGCUGUGUUACCUACGAGUGCAAAAAAGAAGAUACUAAUCCUGUGAUUCUUGAUGACAAACGGACUCCAGGCCAGCCAAAGCUUUUGGUUACAGGAGAAACUCAUAACUCAGUUACCCUUGCCUGGGAUGACUUCAGGGCCAAGACACAUGAAGGAGGUUAUGUUGUGGAAUACCGGGAGGAGAAGGAAGUGGGUUCUGCUGGCCCUGAAACACCUUGGAUGAGAAAGGAGCUACCAACCGGGCAAAUCCCCAAACAUACGGUUGACAAUUUAAAACCAAAUACCAUAUAUGAGGUCCGGGUAAGCAUAUAUGAUGAAACAGAUGACAGCCGCCCAGGAGAGUCAACAGAGACACUCACAGUUAGAACCCAACCUGGAUGUUUGUACAAUAAUGAAUCACAUGUUGUGGGGGAGUUCUUCAUCGGCUGUGAAAAACGCUGCAUGUGUUUGGUCAGUGGAGAUGUUAAGUGCUUUGAAAGGUGUUCCAUCCCAUAUUUCAGGGUUAAUUACUUCAAAGAUGAUCCCUUGUGCCGAGAGGUCCCUGAAGAGGGUGAUGAGUGUUGUGUGAUGGUCCAGUGUGCCUCAGGAGACUCUACUGUCACUGAGGUUGAAAAUGGUACUUCAAUUACCAACAUGACAAAUGACAACUGCUCGCAAACUGUCUGUGGUGCAAAUGCUGUAUGCGUAUCACACACCAUGAAUGUAGAUAUUUUGAAUCUCAGCGACAACACUCCUUUAGUCUUCGGACGCUGCCAGUGUCUGGAUGGAUUCAUAAGCAAACCCUCAGACCCAAAUAGCUGCAUUCCUGAUCCUACCAGAAACAUCAAGGAAGGCGUAUGCACUUUCAAGUCAAACACAUAUCAGCCUGGUGAAGUGUUUUACAAUGAAUGUGAAUAUAGGUGUUCAUGUAAUAACAACACUGAAAUAGAAUGUGAGCCUCGUUGUGAGUUCACCCAUAAGAAUGGAUCGAAGGUGGAACCUGGCUGUGAGUACACGCCAGACCCUGAAGAUUCUUGUUGCAUGUUGCGUGUGUGCAACUCAACUUCGGAAACUGCGGGAGAUGCGGGUAGGUCUCCUUCCCUAAUUUCUGACGGAUGCACUGUCGACAAUGUAACAUAUGCCAAGGAUGAAAAAUUCUACAAAGGGUGCCAAACACAGUGCGUCUGCAUGGGAUUCGGUGAUGUCUCCUGCGUCCCAAGAUGUCCACCUCUGAAAGUACUUGUGUCAGAUACAGCUAAACAUUGUCAAACUCUCCCAGAUCCAGAAGAUUCAUGCUGUUCAAUCACAGUUUGUGAUGAAGAAACUCCUGAUGUUAUGAAAGCUAACAUUACAGAAAUGGAGAAGGAAAUGAUAAUGAUGAAAGAAAGGAUGAAGAACACAACAGAAAUGGAAAAAGAGAUGUUGAUGAAGCGCAUGACAGAACUUGAAAGAGAAAUGUUGAUGGAGAACAUAAGCCAAUUGGACACAGUACUCCGUAACAUGAUUGAAGAGAAAAAUGUUCUUAUAAAUUCCAACAUUUCAGAUUCAGAAAAGGAUAUGCUGAAAAAGAAUAUGCUUGAAAUUGAGAUGAUGAUGAAAGAUGUUGUAGAAAUGGAAAAAGACAUAACAACUAGGAACUUGACAGAUGAAGAAAAGGAGACCUUAAAAUCUAAGCUAACUGCAAUGCAAAGAAACCUAACUGAUGAAUUGCUUUCUGAGGGGAAGAAUGACAUUGAUGAGCACACCCGUUUACACUUACUUGGAAUAGAGCAUUCUCAUGAUAUGGAUGGAAAGAAAAAUAACACUCAUACACACGAUGAUGGCACAACUCACAGCCAUCACGAUGGACACCUCGCUCAUACUCAUGAUGAAAAGAACAAUACACAUACCCAUGAAGAUGGAAUAACGCACACUCAUACUGGUGGACACCUCCCUCAUACUCAUGAUGAAAUGAACGUUACACACACUCAUGAAGAUGGAACGACACACACUCAUCCUGGUGGACACCUCCCUCAUACUCAUGAUGAAAUGAACGUUACACACACUCAUGAAGAUGGAACGACACACACUCAUCCUGGUGGACAUCUCCCUCAUACUCAUGAUGACAUGAAUGUUACACACACCCAUGAAGAUGGAAUGACACACUCUCAUCCUGGUGGACACCUCCCUCAUACUCAUGAUGACAUGAAUGUUACACACACUCACGAAGAUGGAACAACACACACCCAUCCCGGUGGACACCUCCCUCAUACUCAUGAUGACAUGAACCAUACACACAUUCAUCCUGACUUGAAUGAUGUGGAGGGACUUCAUAGUCAUGCCCAUACUCAUGGAAAUGAUACCCAUUCACAUGAUCACAUGGAUGGUUCACACAAUGAAACUCAUCACAUGCAUGAAGAUGGUACUGUUCAUCUACAUCACAACAUGCCAGGCCAGGAAAAUGAGACACACCACAUGCAUGAGGAUGGUGAAGUCCAUUUACAUCACAACAUGCCAGGCUGGAAGAAUGACACACACCACAUGCAUGAGGAUGGUGAAGUCCAUAUGCAUCACAACAUGCCAGGUGGGAAAAAUGAGACACAUCACAUGCAUGAAGAUGGUGAAGUUCAUCUACAUCACAACAUGCCUGGCCAGGAAAAUGAUACACACCACAUGCAUGAGGAUGGUGAAGUCCAUAUGCAUCACAACAUGCCAGGUGGGAAAAAUGAGACACAUCACAUGCAUGAAGAUGGUGAAGUUCAUCUACAUCACAACAUGCCUGGCCAGGAAAAUGAUACACACCACAUGCAUGAAGAUGGUUCUGUUCACAUGCAUCACAGCAUGCCAGGCUGGAAGAAUGAGACACACCAUAUGCAUGAAGAUGGUGCAGUCCAUCUACAUCACAACAUGCCAGGCCAGGAAAAUGAUACACACCACAUGCAUGAGGAUGGUGACGUUCAUAUGCAUCACAACAUGCCAGGCUGGGAAAAUGACACACACCACAUGCACGAGGAUGGUGCAGUUCACAUGCAUCAUGACAUGGCAGGAAAAGAUAAUGAAACAGAUCAUACGUCGCAUGUUGAUGAAGUCCAUGGUCGCACAGCUUUUGGCACCCUUGAGAAAAAGAAUAGAGCUGAGGAUUUAGGUACCUUUGACCUUUCCAUCUUGAGAGUGGAACCCAUCAACUCAACAAGCGUGGUUAUAAGAGUGGGUGUUUCAGAAUCUGUAUUGUCGCAGAUUCUGAUAAAUGAAAACCAACAUUUGAAAGUUCUCUAUAGCCCUGAUUCUCAGACAUGGAUGGAGAAAAAUGUUUCUGUUAGUGACAUUAAGGUUGAGAAUAUGGACGAAAUUCUUUUGCAAGUCAGCGACCUCGAACCGUCAACUCCCUAUCAGUUCCGCAUUUCGUACAGAGAUCACGUCAGCAGUACAUCAAAAGCAAGACUUUUGGAUGCCUCAAGUGAUUCAGGUGUUGAACAUGGAGAGACCAUCCAAUCAGGCUGCGUUAUUGGCACAAAGUUUAUUGAGGAAAAGGAAUGUGGUCGUCACUGCACCUGUGCUGAAGAUGGUCUAGCUCAGUGUUUCCCAAGGUGUCCGGUUGUUAACCUUCCAGAACAGCUGAGCCAAAACUGUACCAUGAUACUGAGUCCUGAGGAUCCUUGUUGUCAUGUACCAGACUGCCUUCUUAAUUUGUUCAUGCAGGGUGGUAAUGGGACUUUUGAAAAUCUCGGAAUGAACAAUUCCGACUUUGGUUUUAUUUUCAAUAAUGCCACAAAUGAUCUGGGAUGGGCUGGCGAGAUUGAUCUGAGAAGAAUGGCUGAUGGUGAACUAGAGUUACAUGCCAUUGGAAGUUCUUCAGGAAAUGUGUCCUUAGAUAUUUUGAACAAGGAACAUUCAGGAAGCCCUACUGAAGAACAUAUUCAUCUUAACACCCUAAUUCCAGAAAAUAAUGAUCAUUCAUUUGUUCAAGGGAUGCCUAUGAAUUCUUCAGUUUUGCCAGUUGAGGCUUCAGGAUUGCAUAACCAGUCAUCAGAAACUUCAACCAGUGGCUUUAAUGAGGCAGGACCCACACUGAGAACACGCACAGAAGUCCCUCAUACAUCAGUAACACAGGCAGAAGUUCAUGAGGAAACACUUAUGCGUUCUGAGCAUGAUGAAAUUAAUCUAACUCACCCACCUGAGAGAGACUCUCAGUUCCCUGAUGUACACGUUGCUGAAAAUCAUAUGGUCCCUCAAGACCAUGACAAUAUUGAUGUGUCUAAUUCUUCCUCUCAAUUUCCAAGGGGACCUUUCAUCCUCUUUGGAAAUGUAGAGGCAUUGAAUGACUCUGCUGGAGUUGACAUCAGUGUUUCUCACAACCUUACUGGUAUACAUGAUGAAAAUGAGGUUGUUGCAGCUUCUCAUACCCCAGAAAAUAUGGAGAGUAUUGCUGUCAAUGCACCAGGACAAAUAAAUGAUGGUAAUUCCUCAUUAGCUAUCGCAAGUACAUUUGAUGGCGAAUCAACUCAUGACGCAUCUAGUCAACCUAAUACCCAAGGUUCAUAUUUGCCAAACGUAGAUGAGGCAAGCUUUCGAGAAUCAGUUGAGGGUGAUGACUCAUUUUAUCUGCCUGAAGAUGAUGAAAAUUUCCACCACUGGGAACAUACCAGUCAACAUACUCAUCAAGAAAGUGACCCUGCCACUCCUCUUGGCAUUCCAAAUGAUCAUGGUGAUACACACCUUCUAAACUUACCUGGCGAAACAGCUCAUGUGCUGGAAAAUGGGAAUGAAUCACAUGUCACUUCUGUUAAUGAGAAUCCCUCAUACAUUCCUUCUGAAAGGGAAGGGUCUCUUUUUAUCCCUUCUGGUAAUGAGGAACCCUUUUAUCUCCCCACAACUAAUGGAACGCCCCAUUAUUUACCCAACACCAAUGAGGCACCUAAUUACCCUCAUACUUGGACUGAACAGGGGCAGCCUCUUGCUCACCCUAAUGAAGGAAAUCCAUCUUACUUGUCAACAUCUGAGACACCAACUUUCAGUGAGGGACUCCCUUUUGCAUCUGGUAUCCCACCUUCCUCAUACAACGAAGCAGAUGUCUCAGAUCACCUCAAAGACAACUUGCAAGCAGGAAUCCACAUUGAUCAUUCUGAAAUGUGCUCCUACAAUGGCCGUUACUACAAGAGGGGCCAGGAAUUUUAUGAAGGCUGCUCACAGUCUUGCAUAUGUUCGUCAAACCUUGAGGUGCAUUGUGCCGAGAUUGAGUGUCCAGUUACGUUUGGUCUCCAGCUGUAUGAUCCUGAUUGUGUGGAGUGGGACUUGGAUAAGGACUAUAUACCAACACCUCCUAAGUGCUGUCCUCAAGUGAAAUGUAUUCAGACAUCAGCCUGUGAAUACAUGGGACAGAAAUUCACUAACUUUGACAGUAUUCCACGAGAGCUGACUGGUUGCUCACAGAAAUGCUCUUGUACUUAUGGGAACGUAACAUGCAUUGAUGUGUGUCCCCCCAUCUCUGAUACCCCACCAUCAGAACUAAACUGUGCACCAGAAGAUGCUAUCCGGGUGACACUUCCGGGAGAAACAUGUUGCGAGACAUGGCAGUGUGCUGCUCAGUCUGUUAAUGGUACACCCAUUGAAUUCCCUCUACCUCCUGAGUCUGUUCACCCUCAGGGCUUCGACAAUGAAGUUGAUCUUAUUUCUAGACCCCAUGUCAAUCCUUUGGAUGCAACUACGGCGCAGAUCAUGUUUGUUACACCAAAUCACUAUCAGGGACUUCCAGGAGAACUCCUCGUUAGAUAUACCAGUGAUCCUGCGAGACAGCCAAACCCAGAAGACUGGACACGUGAAAUUAUUGUACCAGCUGGAUCCACCAUCAGUCAGUCUAAAUGGGAUUAUAUUCUUAAUGACUUGAAACCAUCCACCCAGUAUGCCAUGCAGGUCAUGCUGACCAUCAUGGGAGCUGAUCCUAUCAUGUCACCUGUGUUCUCUUACAAUUCACCACGUGGAGCAAGUACACCCCCUACCACUACGCCAUUGGCCCGUCUGGAUAUCGAUGCUCAGCUCUAUGUUUCUGAAAUAACAAAGACAUCUGCCAAAGUUUCAUGGAGAAUAUUCAAUCAAGAAGAGCUGAAAUACAUUGAUGGAGUUCAAUUGAAAUACAUAGCAAAGGGCAAACUGAUUCCCAAAUUCAGUCAGAUGUUCCACAGAAACAAUGACCAGAUGGACCUUCGUGAUUUGCAGCCAGGCACAGAAUACACAGUAGACUUGGUAUUUAUUACACACAAAAACCAGUCUACAGAGGUUUCCAAUACAAAUCCAUAUGUAUUUGAAACUCUUCCAGAAGAAGAUAAAUAUGCAUUUGACAUCGUUAUUACGGCUGGAAAUGUGACAUCACAGACGGCAGAGAUAUUCUAUUCAGGCGUCUCAGAACUUGAAGAGAAGCUUGUCCAUGUUUACAAGGCAGUUUACCUAAGGGAGGAAGGAAACAUUCAGUCUGAGAUUUUCAAAAUUCCUAAAGCUGAUGAGGAGAGGAAGAUAUUCUUGAAUGAGCUGAAACCUGAUGUUGAAUAUGAAGUAUGGUUAGAUGCUUACUUAACAAAUGGCCGGAAGAAGAAGAGCAACGUGAUCACCAUUAAAACGAAAGCAGGACAGUUACCCAAGCCAGAGCGAAGUGAAGUGGACCCAGCCUUAUCAGAUAAACAGAUACACUACAGCUACUAUCCUGCAUUAGUGGCAGUCGCCAUUAUUGCUGCAAUUGCGUGUGUGGGCUUCCUUGGCUUAUUAGUGAUAUUGCUGAGGAAGCAAAACCAUGCCAAAGCUCACAUUAAUUCCUCCAGAAAUAACGCUGCGUAUGACAAUCCGUCAUACAAGGUAGGAGACAAUGGCUAUGACAUGGAAAUGAAUGGCAUCAAGGGGAGUGGCAAUGGCGCCACACACAUGGAAGACCCGUAGUUGUAAGCUAACAUAUAGCCUGUUACAUUUUGUGUAAUUUUCUUGCGGUCUCUUGUACAAACCGCAGGAUGUAAAAUACUUUUGAUUUUGAUACACAUGUAAAUAGUUUCCUUCAUUUCUCUUAUUUUCUCCCAACAGAGCCUUAUCUAAUCAUCAGAGCUUAAUGUCUGACAAUAGUUAAUGACAGCAUUUUAGUUUUUUAUAUCCAUCUUGGUGCUGAUAUUGGGAAAUUUCAAAGAGAAAAGAUUGUUUUUACAUCUGACAGCAAUAUCCGAUGAAAUACAGUAUGUUAUUGUCUUAGAUAUUAUAAUCUGAUUGUGAUAACUAGUUUGGGUUUUGUGUAAUAUACUGUAAACGAGUGCUACAUAUUUUUCCUCUUCGUUCUGUCUGCUGUGUUCAAGGUAUUGUAAUAUUCUCAGUUAUUGCUUCUUACUAACUUCUAUUUCAGUCAGUUUCAUUUGUUUAUUUAUAGGAUAUUUAUAAUCUACAUUUGUUUAAAAAUCAUCCCGUAGGAGUAAGUGCUCCUGAGGUGAUUUGGUUGUGCCUUUAUGAACAAAUGUGCUGUACUUAAAUAGUGCCAUGAUUGAACACUAGCACAAACAAACAAGGACUUUUGUACAAUGAAAAUGAUGUAAUGGAUUUAAGUGUUUCAACUGUGAUCCUGUUGUGGGUCAGUAUGUGUCGUUUAAGGAAUCCGUUUUCAUGAAUUGAAAUAAGGAAACAAAAUGUCGUAAUGGGACCUUUUCAGUGUAACAAUUACUGCCUCGUUCCAUUUAACGCAAUUUCCCUUUAGAUUCCUGAAUAAGCUCCUCAUAUUAUAUUGUCUUCAAGUGGUGCUAAUCUUUUGCUUAUGCGUGCAGGCAGUGUGGGUCUAAAUGUAAUUUUUUCAUUUUAUGAGAUACAUUAGUUUUAUUGAGCCCAUUACAUGAAAUCCCAGUCCUUAAAACCAAGAAAUUCUUUGCCUCCGUCCCUGGUCGAGUACGUUAUAGUAACUUGAUUAUAAUGUGGUAUUGUAUUAUAUUAGCUUUUGCACUUUAUUUUAAUGUAACAUUUAUUCAGUGUUCAUAGGUUUUCUGACUACAAUUAAUAUCAUCAAUGUGGACAAAAUAGAUGGAUAUUAUUUCAAACAAUUAGUUUUGUUGAAUGCAUAAAAGGUAGUGUUUGAUAUCUGAAAAUGUGACAUCCUCUUAUGGAGGAAUUACAAUUACUUUUUUAAAACCAGACAUCUGAUGAUAAUUAUAAUUUUUGGACUUUAUUUCAACAUAAAUUUGAAGUAAAUUUUUUAAUGGACUCAUGAAUGAUUUUUGUCCACAGUAGAAGUUUUAAUGGUACAGUACAGUAUUCCUGUGCUUCUACUCACUUACAUUCCAGUUUGGCACUACUAUAUCAAGCCCCUGAACAGAGGCUUGGUUGGCUUGUGUAAACACGACCAAUUUGUGAUAACUGUAAUAAUAUGAUGUUAGCAAGUAUCUUAGGUUCAUUUAGAAAGGUAAUGAAUUACAGUAAAAAAUGAAGUAAUUUUACAUGUAUUUUUAUAUUUUGUUAUUCUCCUGUACAUUUGAGGUGUUCAGUGGACAAAUUUUUAUGUGCUUGUUUCAGACUUUGACCUUAGAAAUAAAGCAUUGUCAUGUGCAAUUUUGUUUAGAGAUUUUUACAAUAGAACUUGGUAUACACUAUUUUGUUUUUUAAAAUUAUGCUGUUUGAUAUGAACAUAUAAAACAAAUAUAAAAUUUUUAUAUGCAGUAUUUUGAAUACCUUAAAAUGCUGCCAUUGCUUUUUAUAUGAAAUUUAUAUAUCUGCAACUUAACUGUAUAAUUAGAGCUUUUUUUAUAUAGUCAAAUUGAAAACAAUCUAGGUUGAUAUGUUAACCUUGGUGCAGCUUACGUGUACAGAUUAAGCGCCAGAUUAUUGAAGUCUGUGUUUUGUUAUUGCAGUUAUUUCUUAAAUUUACACAGAAAAGAUGCACUUUAUGUGGUGACUGCUUGUUGCCAUAACAGUGGUUUUUCAAAUCUCUUGUUGGGGAAGUGUACGGGUUCAGGAAUUCCUCACCGAGGAAGUGGGUAUGCCCAGAAAUUCCUUAUGUAGAACAUAAAUGGGUCCAUGAAUUUCUUAUGUAAUUAAAUCUAGGUUGAAUUUCUCAUGAGGAGGUGGAUGAUAAUACAAUACACAGUGGGGUUUUUUUCAGCUUCUAAAUUUCUUUAAGUGGAAGUAGGUGGGCUCACUAUUUUCCUCACUGAUUGAGCCUGUUAGCUUAAAAAUUGAUUUGUUUCUUUUGAUAAAGUGAAAUAACCCUUUAGGUUUUCAGUGUCACUGGUUGGACUCAAGAAGGCUUUCUCACUUAGUUAAGUGGAUGGGUCCGUGAUUUUCUUACUGAAAGAGCUGCCAUGUUCUGGAAUCUCUUACUGAGUUGUUGAUGGCCUCAAAUUUUUUCAUUAGAGGUAUGGACCCAAGAGGGAUGUUUUUUUUUUUUUUUUUUUAGUAAAUUGGAUGGUCCCAUUACAUAAUGUCUUGCUAAGGAAUUUCUCACAGAGGAGAACAUUUCCAGUCAAGAAUCUUCACAAAAUGGUAUGUUCCCCAUUUUUAUCAAGGGUAUUCCAGCUAUGCAUCUUGGUGUGCAUUACAUCCUCAGGAUUUUUCAAGUACUUAUGAGUACAAUAAGAAAACACAGAUUAGAUAAAGUGGUUAUUAGUAUUAACGAAAUGUUGUGCUCAGGUGCACAAUAAACUACUUUUAAGAAAA